AAAACUAUCAAAGUGUGCGUGAGCGACGGGUGAAAGAAGAAAAACUUCCAUUUCGCAUUUCGGAGAUUGAAAAGAAAACGAAUUCCUCUAAAUAACUCAAGAAUUUUAUGGUCUUAUUACAAAAUUCAAGUUAAAAAUUUUAAAAACACGUAAUAUAGUUAAGUAAGAUUCAAGAAAAAUUGAAAUUCUAAAGAAAUUUCAAAGGAAUUCGUGUUAAAAUGGCCUGUGCAGUUUCGGCUGCUACUAAAGAAACUUCAACAGCAACCACAAAUGGCAGUGGCAGCAACGUUGUUGGUGGUGGCUCCUCAGUAGGAGCAUCAUCAUCGACAUCGACAAACAGCAAUAGUGGUAACGGAGGUGGUCAGGGUGGGGGUGGCAAUUCGGCAGGAAGUUCAAAUGGUGGCGCAACAGCAGCUGGAGCAGGAGGAGGAUCCUCGGCGGCGGCAGCUGCCAUUGUUGGAGCACCUGCUGGUGGCGCUGCAAAUGCAGUCAAUCGGCAGACGAGAUUCGCCAUGGAAGGUGUUGGAGCACGGGUGAUACGAGGGCCCGACUGGAAAUGGGGCAAACAGGAUGGAGGUGAAGGUCACGUUGGAACUGUUCGUAAUUUCGAAUCAUCCGAAGAAGUUGUUGUUGUUUGGGAUAAUGGGACAGCUGCAAACUAUCGCUGCGCUGGCGCAUACGAUCUUCGCAUCUUGGACAGUGCUCCGACGGGUAUCAAACACGAUGGCACAAUGUGUGAUACCUGCCGCCAGCAGCCAAUAUUUGGAAUUCGCUGGAAAUGUGCCGAAUGCAAUAACUACGAUCUAUGUUCGAUUUGCUAUCACGGCGACAAACAUCACUUGAGACAUCGUUUCUAUAGAAUUGCCACACCCGGAGGCGAUCGAAUUAUGCUGGAGCCGAGAAGGAAGUGCAAAAAAGUAGCCAUGCGAGGGAUAUUCCCUGGGGCAAGGGUGGUUCGCGGUGUGGAUUGGCAAUGGGAGGAUCAGGAUGGUGGGGUUGGACGUCGUGGAAAAGUGAAUGAAAUUCAAGAUUGGUCAUCGGCGUCACCACGAUCGGCAGCUUACGUUGUAUGGGACAAUGGGGCUAAGAAUCUUUAUAGGGUUGGUUUUGAGGGUAUGGCUGAUUUGAAGGUUGUCAAUGAUGCCAAGGGCACGACUGUCUACCGCGACCAUUUGCCUUUGUUGGGAGAAAAUGGUCCUGGAAAAGGGCCGCACGGUUUUCAAAUUGGUGACAAAGUCACUGUCGAUUUGGAACUGGAAAUUGUGCAAUCGCUGCAACAUGGUCACGGUGGUUGGACCGAUGGAAUGUUUGAGUGUCUGAAUAAUGCCGGAUUGGUGGUUGGAAUUGAUGAGGAUCAUGAUAUUGUCGUGGCCUACAAUAGUGGCAAUCGAUGGACUUUCAAUCCGGCGGUUUUGACAAAGGUUUCCUCUCCAACUACGAGCGUUCCCGAGUUCGCCGUUGGGGAUAUUGUUAAAAUUUGUUCGGACGUAGAGAAUAUCAAAUUAUUGCAAAGGGGACAUGGAGAGUGGGCUGAUGCAAUGCAAUUGACUCUUGGAAAAGUUGGACGGGUACAACAGGUCUAUCAUGAUAACGAUCUGAAAGUAGAAGUUGGAAAUACAUCUUGGACUUACAAUCCUCUGGCUGUGACCAAAGUUGCCUCAUCAACAGCUGAUGGAAACUGUGUUCCAGUCACUUCCAAUGGAGAGCGUCUAUCUGCAAUUUUGAAGAAACUCUUUGAACCAAAUGUCUCAGGUGAUGCUACCGAAGAGUUUGUGAAAGCCGCUGCCAAUGGUUAUGCGGCACGAUGUGAAGAAUACCUGACAGGAGCAUCGCCAGCAACUUCCGCCAGUGCAUUGGCCGAUGUCAAUGGGGUUUUUGCCGGACAUACAGCUCUACAGGCAGCUAGCCAAAAUGGUCACAUUGAGGUGAUUCAAGUUCUGCUUCGCCACAGCGUUGAUGUGGAGAUCGAAGACAAGGAUGGCGAUCGCGCAGUUCAUCAUGCGGCAUUUGGCGAUGAGCCUGCCGUCAUAGAGAUCCUUUCUAAGGCCGGAGCAGAUUUAAAUGCUAGAAACAAAAGACGUCAGACAGCACUUCAUAUUGCCGUCAACAAGGGUCACUUGAAUGUGGUCAAGACUUUGCUUUCGCUUGGCUGCCAUCCAAGUUUGCAAGAUUCUGAGGGUGACACACCUCUGCACGAUGCAAUAUCCAAGGAACACGAUGAAAUGCUCUCCCUAUUGCUUGACUUUGGAGCCGACAUCACUCUCACCAACAACAACGGAUUCAAUGCACUCCAUCAUGCUGCACUCAAGGGCAAUCCUAGUGCCAUGAAGAUCCUUCUAACUAAGACCAGUCGGCCAUGGAUUGUGGAGGAGAAGAAGGACGAUGGGUACACUGCUCUCCAUCUGGCCGCACUUAAUAAUCAUGUGGAGAUAGCUGAGCUACUCGUGCACAUGGGCAAGGCCAAUAUGGACCGACAGAAUGUAAACCUUCAAACUGCUCUGCAUUUAGCCGUGGAGCGGCAACACGUCCAAAUUGUAAAGCUCCUCGUCCAAGAGGGUGCAAAUCUGAACAUUCCUGAUAAAGAUGGUGACACCCCGCUUCACGAAGCAUUGCGUCACCACACUUUGUCUCAGUUGAAACAACUCCAAGACGUGGAAGGUUUCGGCAAGCUUUUGAUGGGUUUGCGCAAUGCCAACGAUAAGAAAGCCUCAGCAUCGAUUGCCUGUUUCCUUGCGGCCAACGGGGCAGAUCUUACAAUGAAGAAUAGGAAACUUCAAACGCCUUUAGAUCUCUGUCCAGAUCCAAAUCUCUGCAAGACUCUGCUGAAGUGUUACAAUGAAAGAAAGACCGAUGACGCUGAACUGCCGGGUAAUGUCGCCGGGACGAGCAGCAAUGCCAGAGCCAGGGCUGUCCAAGCACCAGUGGUCGCCGGAGCACCUGUUGUCGGAGCUGGUGUGGCUUGCAGUGUUCCACCAAUGAUGAAUUUCUCCCAUGCCAGUGGACUGCAUGGAAUGAACUCUGACAUGGCUCUGACUAUUAACGAAAACCCUGUUCCGGAGAUGGUGAGGUCUAAUGCUUUUGACGAAUGCAUGGUGUGUUCGGAUUUAAAGAGAGAUACUGUAUUUAAGCCUUGUGGACACGUUUGUUGCUGCGAUACUUGUGCUCCGCGUGUUAAAAAAUGUCUCGUUUGUCGCGAGGCUGUGUCUUCCCGUGAGAAAGUCGACGAGUGCCUGGUGUGCUCGGAUCGUCGUGCUUCCGUAUUCUUUAAGCCAUGCGGUCAUAUGGUCGCGUGUGAACACUGCUCCAGUCUAAUGAAGAAAUGUGUCCUCUGUCGCACCUCAAUUGACGAAAUGAUUCCAUUCUCACUUUGCUGUGGCGGCGGCGGUAGCGGCAGCGGCAGUGGUAAAAUGGAGAAGAUGAAUAAAGAGGAUUAUUCCAUCAAAACCUCUUACAAGGGUGAUGUUCUCCUGCACCAAGUGAUAGUGCCUCCAGAGGAGAACAAGCCAAAGGAAAAUAAUCCCGUGAUUGUGGGAGUUAAUAAGUCUGGUCAUGAAAUUGCCAUGAACAACACGGUCCAAGCAGUGAGCACCCCAAUUGCCAACAACCAGAUUAGCAAUAAUGUCAGCUCGCCAAACAUCAACAAUUUCCAAAUGGAUGACGUACAAAAGCUUAAACAACAAUUACAGGAUAUCAAAGAGCAGACAAUGUGUCCAGUUUGCUUCGACCGAAUCAAGAACAUGGUGUUCCUGUGCGGCCAUGGAACGUGUCAGAUGUGUGGUGACCAGAUCGAUGGAUGCCCCAUCUGCCGAAAGACUGUUGAGAAGCGUAUUUUGCUAUUCUAAAAAAAUAAAACAUAAUUGCGAUGCUUUCUGCUUUUAUGGAAUUAAUAUUCACGCAUUAUGCCGCUGAUUUUGAAACUUUGUUCAUCCUCUAAAAGACAGCUGUUCUUAAGUAUAAUAUUUAACAAAACAAAAAUAACAAACAUUUACAUAUUUAUCUCAUUUUAUUAUCCUCGAUGAAGCACAACUUGCAUUUGUCUCGAUUCUAAAUUAAUUUAAUUUGUAAUCAAAUUGAAUUAUGAAUAUCAUGAAAUUGCAGCUUAAUCUGAGAAAGUUAAGUGUCAUGUUCAGGCCAAAUAUUUUGUCUUCGAAAUUGUAUUUUUGGACUAAAAUUUAAAAACAUUACAUGCAUAAUUAUAUUUUAUAUUGAUUGAUCAUUUUCUUUAUUAAGUAUUCUAUAAUUGAUUUUUAAAUAUAUUUGUAUCCAGUUUUUUUCUUUUUUCAUUUUUUAAUGUUUAAUAUAACUUUAUUAUUAUAAAACAAAAAUUAUCCUAUUUAUAUGGAAUAUACAAAAUUAUACAAACAAUAAAUUAUUGUUUUUUGUUUAGUUUUUUUUUUUUGAAAUAUUUUAUUUGAUGAAAAAGAAACUACAUUUCAAUUUUUAAGAAAUACAUUGAUUCUACAUUAAUUGUUUAUAUUUGAUUUUUUGUUUUGUUUAAAUAAAAUAAGCGAAUGGAAUUUAAUAAACAAACAUGAGAAAUAUAAUUCUUUUUCGAAGGAUGA